GAGGACUUAAUGGAACAACAUCUCAGUCAACAAACUAUCAGGACUUUACCGCUGACAGAGCUAUUGAUGGGAAUCUGAGCCAAUGUGCUCACACACAGGACAAUAACAACUCCUGGUGGAGAAUUGACCUGCUUGAUGUCUACGGAAUUUGUAACAUCACUAUCUACAACUCUAAACAACAUAAUACUGAUAUGAGCGGUGCUCAGAUCCGCAUUGGAUUCUCUCGUCAGAAGAACGGCACUGACAACCCAUUGCAGAAAACCAUCCAAAACUUCACAACAGAGGCUUUCAACUACUAUGUAUUUAAUACAACAGUGCCUGGGCGGUACAUCACGGUGUUCUUACCGGAUCAAGUCAAGAAUUUAAUUCUGUGUGAAGUGGUGGUCUUCGGCACAAUAAAAGAAUCACCCUUUGAGCUGGUCAAAGAGAAGAUGAGGUGGGAGGAUGCCCUGUACUACUGCAGGGACAGAGACAUGGACCUGGCUUCCAUUGUUGAUGAAGAGACGCAGUACUGGGCUGAUUUGGAGGCCCAGAAGGCUGACACUCCUUUUGUGUGGCUGGGCCUUCGCUACACCUGCACCCUCAACUUCUGGUUCUGGGUCGAUGAUCAGCGCUUAGAAUUCAAUCGCUGGGCUCCAAAUAGUCCCAAAGAAGAGUGUGACAUGAGUGUUGCCAUGGAAAAACAAGAGGACCAUUUCUGGCACAGCAAGCCUGACAACGAGACGUUUAAUUUCAUUUGUGCAAAGUAGCCUCUCAGUCCCUUUUUUUUAAAUCAAUUGUCAGUGGGGACAAUUCUCCUCUGAUGUGCUUUAGGUGAUGGGUUUUAGGCCCACAGCAGCAGCUUUCCACAUAUAAGUGAUAGAAUAUAGCCGAGAGCAUCUCCACUCUCACCUUUCACUUGAAGUGUAAACAGGGCUUACAACAGGGGCGUUUCUAGGUGUUACAAGCCAGACAAAGGGCCUGUUUGCAUGUGUUCUCCCUUUUGUUUAUCUUUCUUUUCCCCCAGUCCGUUUGGACUGUGUACUGUGCUAACUGUGCAUUUUUUACAUCAUUUUAGACAUUUGAAUUGUGUGUAUAUGCAUUAUCAAUAACUUUGGAAAAUUAGAGAUUUAUUAGAUUUUCUAAAGAUGGCUCAGAAUGUUUUUCUGAAGGAUCUAGGCAUCUACAUUCUGGGUUUAGUUUCACAAUGCUGUAAUAUUAUAGAGCAGAACUCCUUAGAUCACAAUAGAUUAGGAAUUUAGUGGUGCCUGGCU